AUGGUCGAUUUACGACACGGCGACCACCGGCCCAUCCAGACGAGCGCUGUGAUUGUGCUGGGCGCUUCAAAAUGCCAAUCCAUGCCACCCCCGUCUCCGCCGACUCCCUCAGCCUCACCAUCAGCCAAGGAGAUUGGCGACCCUGUGGAUGGCUUCAGCCUGGACAGAGGAGCUACGCGAGAGCAAUCCGUAAUGGACAGAAGACUUCACAGCGGCAUCCAUGUAUUAAACAUCGAGGCCGCGGCGCUAGCAAAUCUCACAAAGCUCUACGAGAUUGACGCAAUCGCCCGGGCUGGGUUCAAUGCCUCCAUCAAGGCUAUUACUCGACUGGCCAAGACCAAGGGCAAGCUAGUAAUCAUAGGAGUGGGCAAGUCUGGCCACAUUGGAAAGAAGCUGGUCGCCACGUUCCAAAGCCUGGCGAUUCGCUCCGUCUUCCUUCACCCCACCGAAGCUCUUCACGGAGACCUGGGCAUAGUGGGCCCGGAAGAUACGCUCUUGUUCAUCACCUACUCCGGAAAGACUCAGGAGCUUCUUCUAACGCUGCCUCACCUGGACGAGAGGCUUCCUACCAUUCUCCUCACUUCUCACAUGAGACACGAGACUUGCGAGUUUAUCAAGCAUCGGCCCAACACCAUUCUCUUACCGGCGCCAAUUCCUGAGCCGGAGAGCGUAUCGUUUGGAGUUUCGGCGCCAUCAGCAUCAACCACAGCUGCUCUAGCAUUGGGGGAUGCGCUGGCCAUCACGGCGGCGCACGAGCUUCACCCCAGCGUCUCAAAAAUGUUUGCCAAGAACCACCCCGGUGGUGCUAUUGGUGCCGCCGUGGCCGCGGUGGCUCGAGGUCCCCAGACCAUAGGUCACAUUUCCGUGCCAUGGGACGACAUUGACGUCGCCGAUGGGCUGAGCAGCGAUGAUUUCGCGUCGAGUUUGCUCCGGGCUGCGUACAAGUCUAAGACGGGCUGGGUCAGAGUCGGCGACGAGACGGCGGUCCCGAGCAAGAUUCGAGCGCUGAGUGACGCAGACAUGGUGAGACCAAUCAAGGAGGUCACGGGCAUCACGGUGUCCCGCCAGCAGAUGCUGGCCAUGUCGUCGGAGACGACGGUCCGCCAGGCGCGAGACAUAUUGGAAGACAUGCAGUCGUCCCCAAUCGAAGAGCAUGAGCAAGCAAUUGGCGGGCCGGGAUCGGUCAUCGCAAUCACGAGCAGCGGUAGCAUUGUUGGCGUUUUGGAAGUUGAGCAAGUCCUCGAAUACCAGGACGUUUGA